AUGGUCAUCGUGCAAACCACCGAAGAAAAUGUACUGUCUGUACGCCCCGGCUUUCUGUCUCUAUACGCAUCCCAGCCCGAGGGAGCGGUAUCAAAGCAGCAGGCGGACGUCGAGCAGCCACGCACGACCGUCACGCGAGAAGAGCACCCUGACCCGUAUUCGCUCAGAAAGGCCUUGAAGACUGACGAUGAGCUUGCGAGUUUGCGCAAGCGCAAGGCAGGCAAGCAGCUCGAGCGCUUCCACCGCAAGCAGAAUGAUAUCAAGGUUGCCAUCUGGGCAAGCCUAGCCGGAAACUUUGCUCUCUGCAUUCUCCAGUUAUAUGCUGCCAUCACAUCCGUCUCGCUGUCCCUCAUCACCACCUCCGUCGACUCGGUCUUCGACUUUGGGAGCAAUGUCGUCCUCUAUUGGCUGCACAAACGCGCCAUGUCGCUCGACUUGAAUAAGUGGCCCGUCGGCGGGUUACGGCUCGAGACCAUCGGAAACAUCGUUUACGGGUUCUUGAUGAGCGCGGUCAAUCUGGUGCUGAUCGUCGAGUCGGUGCAGCGAAUCAUCACGCACGACAGCAGCAGCGAUACGGAUAAGUUCCAUAUCCCGUCUAUCAUCUCCGUCGGAGCUGCACUAGGCGUGAAGUUCGUGCUGUUCGUGUAUUGCAGUGGGCUGCGAAAACAGUCUAGCCAGGUGCACGUGCUGUGGGAGGACCACCGCAACGACCUCUUCGUCAACGGAUUCGGUCUGCUCAUGUCGGCGGGCGGAAGCAAGUGGGUCUGGUUCCUUGAUCCCAUGGGCGCUCUCAUCAUCUCCAUCGGCGUGCUGCUCGCGUGGGGCAAGACAAUCUAUGAACAGUUCGAGCUGCUUGCGGGCAAGUCGGCGCCGUACGAAUUUAUGCAGCUGCUUGUAUACAAGACGAUGACCUUCAGCGACGAGAUCGAGAAGGUUGACACCGUGCGAGCAUACCAUAGUGGGCCGGACUACUUCGUCGAGAUCGACAUUGUUAUGGACGCGAGCACGCCCCUCUGGAAGGCACAUGACAUCAGUCAGCAGCUGCAGGACAAGAUCGAGGUGCUGCCCAACGUCGAGCGCGCCUUCGUGCAUGUCGAUCACGAGACGACCCAUGCACCGGAGCACCGCAAGUAUCUAUGA